UUGGAACAAAGAAAGAGAUGGCGUGUAGGCCGGCGCCAUGUUCAUGUCCAUGUGGCUGGAGCUGCUUCUGCAUGCUGUUCUUCCUCGGCUUCCUGCUCGCCGAGGCCGUCCAUGGCGCAGUGAGUGAGGCGGCCGCUCCUCCGGAGGAGGCUCCGGCUUCUGCUCCGGCUCCGACUCCUAGCCUCGUUCCAGCUGAAGGCAGCCUUCUUGUUCAGCUUCCAACCCUUGCUUCGGACUCUUCACUCUUGAGCUGCCUAAUUGCUGCGACACCUGCCAAAAGAAUCUCCAAGAAACAGUUUCUUUGAAACAAAAUUUCCCGUUUUGGGGGAAAAAAUGAAUCACAGGGAAAACGGGUCUUUGGUUGGAUGUUCACAGAUCAUCUGGCAAAUGUGAAUGUGAUCACUGAUCAGAGUCUCAGCUGCAAACCAAACCAGCAAUGGAGACGGGCAAAAUGCCCGGCAUGCUGCUGCCUGCAAGGCUGCAACUAACCACAAAUUCGUUUUAAUUUCCUCCUCUUUCUCUUCAGCUGGAUGCUGUGUUCUCCCCAUCUGCUGAAACCGUGUUCUUGCAAUCUCAUUCUGCAGUGCGUGUCCUUCGUCGGAUCGCGGUCAGACUGGGUGUGUCCAGCUGGGACUUCACCGCCAGCGCCGGUCCCUGUGACGACGACCACGGCGACUCCGGGGUGCACUGUGACUGCUCCUUCUCUAACGGCACAGUCUGCCAUGUCACCGAGAUUUGGCACCAUGAUAAUCUUUAAUUUGCAGAUUCCUCAAGGGGCAGAACUUCUCUGGUGAGCUCCCGCCAGACUUCGCUGACCUCCCAAACCUCCUCCAGCUAGAUCUAAGCAGGAGCUUGUUUCACGGUGGAGUGCCUGACCAGUGGGCCCGGAUGAAGUUACAAGGACUGUCACUGAUGGCGAACAGAUUGUCAGGGCCUUUUCCCAUGGUUCUCACAAAGAUCACAACCCUGACUAACUUGAGCAUUGAAAGCAAUGAGUUCUAUGGGCCAAUACCUCCUGAAAUUGGACAUCUAGUUCGAAUAGAGAAGCUAAUAUUAUCAACCAAUGAGUUCACUGGACCCCUUCCAACUGCUCUUUCGAUAUUCAGUAAUUUAACUGAUUUGAGGAUUUCUAGCACCAAUUUUUCCGGAAGGAUGCCUGAUUUUUGGGGAAAAUUGAAAAGGCUUGAAAAAUUGCAAAUCGAAGGAUCUUUGUUGGAAGGGCCAAUUCCCUCGAGUGUAUCUGAAUUGACAAACCUUUCUGAUCUGAGGAUUAGUGACCUGGGAGGUAGUGGUUCAUCUUUCCCUGAUUUAAGUGGAAUGACAUCCAUGAACAAAUUGGUACUAAGGAACUGUUCCAUCAGUGGAAGCAUACCUCCUUACAUUGGCACAUGGACAACUCUUAAGCAUCUGGAUCUCAGCUUUAAUAAACUGAGUGGAGAAAUACCACCUUCUUUUGCUAGCAUGAGAGCUGUAGAUUACAUAUAUCUAACUGGAAAUUCACUCACUGGAAACAUACCUGGAUGGUUACUAAGAAGAAACAAGAUUGCGGACAUAUCUUUUAAUAACUUCACGACAGGGAGUUCAGGUCCUAGCCAAUGCCUUCAAGGGAGUGUCAAUCUCGUGGAGAGCUAUUCAGCUGAAGCGAACAGUUUAAAUAGUAUUCAGCCAUGCUUCAAGAGGAAUUUUCCAUGUGUUACUUCAAAUGGACAAUCUGCAAGGAAAACUUACCUACACAUGUUCGCAGAUCACUCUUCAUUGCAUAUCAAUUGCGGUGACAAAGGAGCAACUAUUAAUGGAACUGAAUAUGAAGCUGACACAAUACCCAAAGGGGCAUCAUUCCUGUAUGUAUCCCCAGGCUCAAACUGGGCGUUCAGCAGCACCGGGAACUUCAUGGAUGACAACAUAAAUGACGACAACUACAUUGCAACAAGCACAUCGAAAUUGGCCGUGUCGAAUUCAGAUCUGUACACCAAAGCCCGUCUUUCUCCUCUUUCCCUCACAUAUUAUGGGCUUUGCAUGUUAAGUGGGAGCUACACAGUUAAUCUCCACUUUGCUGAAAUUGUUUUCACAAAUGACAGCACAUAUUAUAGCCUUGGCAAAAGAAGAUUCAACGUGCUUAUACAGGGAAGAAUGGUGCUAGAGGAUUUUGACAUUAAACAGUCGGCCGGUGUGGCUGCAAAGCCAAUUAUCAAGACUUUUCAAACAAAUGUCACAAAUCACACUCUAGAGAUUCAGUUCUAUUGGGCAGGAAGAGGGACAACUGGCAUUCCAUAUAGAGGUUCUUAUGGCCCACUAAUAUCUGCAAUAUCAGUAACUCCAAAUUUCCAGGUUCCAUUGGCUGUUGAGCCUCCCAAAGCUGGAAGUAGCAAAAAACGGAGUUCAAGGGCAUCUAUUGCUUUAGCAAUUGGAAUUCCUAUUGCAGCAAUAUUCACUGCUCUGAUUGUCGGCAUUUAUUGUAUUAAGCAGAGAAAGAGUUCGAUGCAUAAAGAACUCAGAGCCCUUGACCUGCAAAUUGGCUCCUUCACCUUGCGUCAAAUCAAAGCAGCAACUCGGAACUUUGAUGCAGCUAACAAGAUUGGUGAAGGAGGAUUUGGUUCAGUUUACAAGGGUUUAUUAUCUGAUGGCACCAUCAUCGCUGUCAAGCAGUUAUCAUCAAGGUCUAAACAAGGGAAUCGGGAAUUCGUGAAUGAGAUAGGCAUGAUAUCUGCACUCCAGCAUCCUAACCUUGUGAAACUCUACGGCUGCUGUACAGAAGGAAACCAGCUGUCACUAGUUUAUGAGUAUAUGGAAAACAAUUGCCUUGCACGAGCUCUUUUCGUCGAACAGUAUAGACUGAGAAUAGAUUGGGGAACAAGGCAUAAGAUUUGCCUUGGAAUAGCAAGAGGUCUAGCAUAUUUGCAUGAGGAGUCUGCAAUAAGGAUCGUGCACCGAGAUAUCAAGGCCAGCAAUAUACUGCUUGACAAAGAUUUGAAUGCCAAAAUCUCAGAUUUUGGGCUAGCAAAGCUUAAUGAAGAUGAUCACACCCACAUAAGCACAAAAGUAGCCGGAACUAUCGGAUACAUGGCUCCUGAGUAUGCUAUGCGUGGUUAUUUAACAGAUAAAGCUGAUGUAUACAGUUUUGGUGUUGUUGUUUUGGAAAUUGUCAGUGGAAAAAGUAAUACAAACUACAGGCCGAAGGAAGACUUUGUUUAUCUUUUAGAUUGGGCUUGUGUUUUACAUGAGAGAGGAACUCUACUGGAAUUGGUAGAUCCAGAUCUAGGAUCCAAUUACUUAUCAGAAGAAGCGCUCCUCAUGCUGAAUGUUGCCCUGCUAUGCACAACUGCAGCACCUACACUCAGACCAAAGAUGUCAAAAGUUGUAAGCCUGCUUGAAGGCAGCACCCCUUUGCAGCCUUUGCUGUCAGAUCUCAGCCUUGCAGCAAAUAGCCUCAGCUCAAGUGGUGUACGCAGGAACUUCUGGCAAAACCCAAGUGAGAGUCAGAGCCUGACAGCACAAGCCUCAUGCAGUGAUACUAAUGAAUCAUCGACCAUUGAUAUAGAUGGUAUUCUGAGACCACUGGUAAGUUAGAUGUAGUGGAUGUGCAUCAUGAACUAGGUUUACAUGUAGGAACUACUAGGGAUAGGCCAACAUAUUUGUAUCAAGUUCACCAGUGCAAUGUAAAUAGCAAGUAGCAAUGUAGCAUACUAAUGUCUAGUGCAGGUAAGGCCCUAUGCAUUUUAGUAGUCUCUGUUUCAGAUUCCAUGGGAAUAUUGAGGAAGAUGUCUGUGACAGAACACUGGAAGUACCCUAUGGACUAUGGUCUCUGAGCUCUUAUCCAUCUUUU